AUCCCAUCGAUUCCCCAUUCGUUCCCCUCCAUCCGCUCACGACCUAGACUGCUGGCUGCUGCGCCGCCGCGAGAGGGGAGGGCGGCGUCUGCAUCAACUCGCUGCGUGCAGUGUACUGCGGCGGCGUGGGGCAGUGCUGCUGUGCUGGUGCUAGCCGGCCAGCGGUGGGGACGGCAGUCGGGGGCGGUGCUUGAGUGAGCGUGAUGGAUUCGGAUGAAGAGGUGGAUUGGAUAGGGAUUGCUGCCACUGUCGAACUCGAAGAAGCUGAAGCUGAGGCUGCUGCUGCCGAAGAAGCUGCGGCUGCUGCUGCCGAAGAAGCUGCGGCUUCAACGCACAGAUCAACAAACCGGAAGCGGCAACAUGACUCCGACGACCGGCAGGGCGUUCCUCCGGCAUUUAAUUUAUCUGAUGUGGAUUCUGAUCCUGGCACACGUAAGCAAAUUGAAGAGUAUGCAACUCCAGAAAUUAGAGAUGAAAUGAGAAGGGCAUAUUUGUCAAAAGGUGUGGGCCGUUUGUAUGGUCAUGAUUUUCCUCGAACUCUUUUUGGGAAAGAUUGGCGGAACUUCAAAGAAGCAUGGUAUAAAGAUUAUGACUGGCUCGUGUAUAGUAAAGAGACAAAAUCUGCCUAUUGUUUCCAUUGUUUUCUUUUCAAAUCUCCAAGCAUUGGUGACAAGUUUGGCCAUGAUGUCUUCACUAAGAAAGGGUUCAAAAAUUGGAAGAAGGCAGUGGAAAUAUUCAAUGCUCAUGUAGGUGGACCAAAUAGCGCUCACAACAAUGCUAGAAGACGGUGUGAAUAUUUCAAAAACCAAAAGCAAAGUGUGUCGUAUGCAAUGACUUCUCAUACUGAGAAAUCACAUAUUGAAUAUGAAGAGCGUUUGAGGGCUGUUGUAGGUGUGGUAAGUGCCUCGUGUAAAAGGAAAGAUGCAUUGUUGCAGAAGCAUCAUGACAACCUGGUUUUACAGUUGGAGCAUGGGGAGAUUUUGUCAGGAAAAGGCCAGCAUCAAGAGACAAGUUUAGCAAGACCCGGUGAUACACGAUGGGGGUCACACCACAAGACUCUAAUCCGGAUAUAUCAAAUGUGGGAUUCCGUGGUUGAAGUGCUACAUGGUAUCUCUCUUGAUGGAGCAGAUGCUGAUGAUAGAGGUUUGGCUUCUGGCUUUAUGGUAAACAUGGAAACUUUUGAAUUUGUUCUUAUCUUGCAUUUGAUGCUUCGAGUGCUCGGUUUAACCAAUGAUUUGUCACAAGCAUUGCAACAAAAAGAUCAGAAUAUAGUCUGUGCUAUGAAUAUGAUUGUGUCAGUGAAAAGUCUAUUACAAAAGUUGAGAGAUGAUGGAUGGGAGCCUCUCUUGAUAUCUACUACUACCUUUUGUGCUGCAAAAAAUAUAAUAGUGCCCAAUAUGGAUGAUAACAUUUCAGCAAGGGGUUACCCAAGAAGAUCACGCAAAAUGGUUACUUGUCUCCAUCAUUACAAGGUAACUAUAUUCAAUGAGGUGCUGGAUAGAAACAUAGUUGAGAUGAAUAAUCGAUUUAGUGAAACUUCUACACGCUUGUUGAAGUGCAUUGCUUGCCUUGAUCCUAGAGACUCAUUUAGCAACUUUGAUCAUGAUAAGCUAGUUGAGCUUGCAAAUAUUUACUCAAUUGAUUUCUCUUCACAAGAGCGCUAUCUGUUGACUGAUCAACUCAACAUAUAUAUUGAUGUGAUGAAAAGAAGUACUGAAUUCUUGGCUUGCGAUAGUUUGAGUUCUCUUGCUCUCAAGUUGGUUCAGAGUAGACAACAUCUGGUAUUUCCAUUGGUUUAUCGGCUCAUCAGACUUGCAUUGACAUUACCGGUGGCAACUGCAUCAGUUGAGAGGGUUUUCUCAGCCAUGAAUAUUAUAAAGACUGAUCUUCGAAACAAGAUGGGUGAUGAUUGGCUUAAUGAUUUGAUGGUUUGCUUUGUUGAGCGCGAGAUAGUUGCUAAAAUUAGUGAUAAAGAGAUUAUGGUUCAUUUUCAUGCCUUGAAGAACCGUCAAGGUCAUCUACCUCCAGAACCUCGUGUUCAUUAUGCAAUUACGUCUUAAAGGUCUCAUUUGGAAGUUGGAAUUAUGGGAUCAUAUUGUGGCAUAAGUGAGCAUUUCAAGCCGGCAAGAGUCCAUGUGAGCAGUCAGGAAGCCUCGACGACUUUUAACAGUGUACUAGUUUUAAAUAGUAUUUUCAUCCUUUUGUUGUUGAAUGCUAUAAGUUCUGGUUGAAUAUAGCUGCAUUUGUAGCGAAAAAAUUAAACAUUAAAUGUUCGCCCCGGCUAACUUCAAUUCCUGGGUCCA